AUGACACCCGCCCUCCGUGACAGCCUCUCCAGCCCCCUAACCAUAUCCACAACCCACACCGCCGCCACCUUCCCCGUCACACCCCCCGUCCACCCGGACCUCUCCCGCCCCCGCCUCAAACAAAUAGCCCGCUGGAUCCGCGACGAACUCGACCUCCGCGUCGCCCGCGACGGCCCCGACGUCCUCCGCCCGGACGACGUGCUCACCCUCCACGAAACGCUCGUCGCCCUCCGCCAAGCCCAAAACAUCACCAUCUCCGUCCUCCGCGCAACCGGUAUCCAUAAAGCUGUCCAAGACGUUGCGGGCGUGGCAACACGCUGGCCGAGUCGGUUGUGCGACGACUGCGACAAGAUUGUAGACAGUUGGACGGCGAAGUUUGGGCCGUUUAGCGAGAUUCAUCCGUUUUUGUAUGGGAGGGGGGGUAGGUUGGAGGGGAUUGCUAGUGUGAAUGAGUAUUCUAGGGAGGCGUUGCUUAAGCGCUGGGCGGAGACUUGUCCGGAGAAGAUUCAUCCGAAGAGGUCGCAUAAAUUGGGGGAUUUGGGGUUUGUGGCUGGGACGUGGUGGAUCAACCCUCUGUUCGCACACCAUGCUGGCAUCAUCGGGCUUGAGGCUUGCGAUGGCGGUACGACAUACGACAAACACGGUGCAUAUGCUCUUCUACUCAAAGAUACGGGCGAGAUUGAAGCCUCGUCUGAAGAACGCUUUACCUAUCGUGUUCCGCAGAACGACAAGGGUAAGUUCCGUCUUACCUCUGCUACACCCAAGAGUCGAGAUCCUGUGAGGGUACUUCGCAGCCACAGCAUCAACAGCGUCUGGGGACCAAAAGCAGGUGUGAGAUACGAAGGCCUGUACAGCGUCCGAGGCUGGUCCAUCAAGCAAGCCAAAAGCAGUAACCUUGCUGGUGGGCAAUGGAAAGAAGGCGAUAUCCUGUUUGACGUCCUGUUUGAGAGGACCGACUCAGUGCCCAUGGCGGUAGUCAUCAAGCGACCCACAGCGACCGAAGUCGACGACUACGCCGAGUACAAGCGUCUCCGCAAGGUCAACCGAGACGGUAAACGCAAGUCGCACAGCACACUUCCCGUAGGCGGCGCCAAAAGCGAUUUCUCAACCCCGCUCAAGACAGCACCACCAGUCACACCCCACGUAGUCCCCAAACCCCUCCCAACAGACCCCCCAUCGAUCGAACCCCGCAAAGGCAUAUUCAAACACCUCCACUUCGACGAAGAAGCCCACGUCCACAUCCUCGACAAGGAAGACGUCAUAUCCCCCAAAUCCGUCCCCGAAGCCGACCCCCUCACCACCACCGCUACAAUGAGCAAAAGCAACACGCUCCUCGUCCCCGCAAAACCCAGCCGCACAAACACACACAGCAAAGCCGAUGUAUCCACAACAGGCGGCGAACCGCGCAGACACGCCAGCCCCGCAGGUUCAAACGCCAGCAGCGCCCAUACCCAUGCCUCAGCUACCACUUUCCCCGGCAUCAACAUCCGUGAAGUCGCACCGUGGAUUGACUACGACGCUGAUUUAUCCUUACCUUCGCCUCCAGAGGACUCGACGAUUGUGCACCAACGACCUAUUAUUACACAGUCUAUUGCUACUGACUCUAUCAAAACGAGUAUUUCGCGGGAUACCUUUGGUACGCCUGUGGAAGGGGAUACUUCGAGUCCGGUUGGUGGUGAUGGGAAUGGGAAUGGGAAUGGGAAUGGGAGUAUUGAUGGGGGCAGGCACGGGAGAAGGGGAGAUGUUGAGUUUGGGGAUAGUCUUAGUCCGCAUGGAGCUGGGCAUGGGCAUGGGCAUGGGGUGGGGAAUGGCAAGAAGGAAGGAGGCAAGAGGAAGAGUAUUCUUGUGCGGAAUCGGAAUCCGGUGGGGAGGUUGUUUGAUGGGGUUGUUGAUGAUAGGGAUGAUGGGGAGGAAGAAGAAGAAGAAGAAGAAGAAGUGGACGAGAAGGCAGGGAAGUGGAAUGCUGUAACGACACCUCCUAUAUUUCACGACUUCGCCGACGUUACCUCCCUGGAAGACCCUUUUAUCGCGAAUCCUCCUCCACGCAUACCACGACGACCUAGACGCCCCUACUUGAUGCGUAGGGAUCUCAUCGCGCGAUCUAGAAUCCUGACGCCUGUGGGCAGUCCUGUCUGUAUCCUCCAUCCUGAGCGCGUAGGGGAAGUACGAAAGGAACUCGCUGAGUCAAGCGCAGAAACCAAGUUGAGAGAUAUCAUGGAGAGGGUGGAUGGUGUUGAGAUGGGUCGUUGGCGGUAUAUCUAG